GCUCGCGCUCAUCUUCAGUCAGUUCACUGCGCGCUCGCUCACUGUCCGCGAGAGUCAGCUGCAGCCACUUAGAGACUAUCUCUGACAAACAGCCUUAUUCAAAGGAGGAAAACGCCAAGACUUCUGACAUCUCUUGUGUAUUUUGGGGGGGUCAAAUACAACUAUCCAAAGCGACAUGUGGAUUUACAAAAUUUUGCUCUGUGUGGCCGUUUUGGUUUACUCAGAAACAAAGAGGCAUGCCCUGCAAGACUACCAGAAGACUGAUGCCGUGCACUUGGUCACGCCACCUGAUGUGUCCUACAUGUCCAAAGGCCGCAAGAUGAGUAUGGGAAAGUGUGCACGUCGCUGUAGCCGCAACAGGAAGCUCCAGUUCACCUGCAGAGCAUUCAACUUUGAUCAGAAAACUGCAAAGUGUCAUUUACUCUCCUAUGACAGCCUCACCGUCGGUGUCCGUAUGGAGAAUAACUUCAACUUUGAUCUAUAUGAGAAGAAAGACUUCAUGAGAGAAUGCAUCAUUGGCAAUGGACUCAACUACAAAGGAAAGAGAUCGGUGACCAAGAGUGGAGCCCAGUGCCAACUCUGGAAUUCCAAAACACCGCAUGAACACAAUUUCUUACCCCUGAGGCACAAGCACAGAGAUCUACGGGAGAAUUUAUGUCGUAAUCCAGACAACACCACAACAGGUCCUUGGUGCUUUACCACAGACCCCAAAAUAAGGCACCAGGACUGCAGCAUCCCACAAUGCUCGGAAGUGGAAUGUAUGACGUGUAAUGGAGAAAGUUACCGUGGACCAUUGGACCACACGGAGAGCGGCCGGGAAUGCCAGCGCUGGGACCUUGAUGAACCACAUAAACACCUUUUCCACCUUAAAAGAUACCCCGAUAAAGGUCUAAAGGACAACUACUGCAGGAACCCAGACGGGCGCCAGAGACCCUGGUGUUUCACCACCGAUCCGAGCACUCCAUGGGAGUACUGUAACAUCAAACAGUGCGAUUCAGACAACGGCGGUGGCAUUGACAACACAACAACUUGUUUCCGUGGACGUGGAGAGGGUUAUCGUGGAACGGUUGGCAUCACCCCCGAGGGAGUGACCUGUCAGAGAUGGGAUGCCCAGUUUCCCCAUCGACACUCUUAUACUCCACAGAAUUACCGUUGCAAGGAUCUCCGGGAGAACUACUGUAGGAAUCCUGAUGGUCGACAUCUCCCAUGGUGCUUCACGACUGACCCCAAUGUACCUGUGGCAUUCUGCACCAACAUCCCUCGCUGUGGCAUUACACUAUCUGACCCUAAAGAGUGUUAUACGGGCAUUGGUGACACAUACAAUGGAAAACGGGCAAAAACACGCUCUGGCAUCCCUUGUGCUCCAUGGAAAGACCACAGUGAAAGUAAUGAAAGAGAUGUGGACUUGCUGAUGGGUGAACAGGCGGGGAACUUCUGCAGAAACCCAGACAAGGACAAACAUGGCCCGUGGUGUUAUACCAACAGCUCAUCCAUCCCCUGGGAUUACUGCUCUCUCAAACCCUGUGAGCCCUCACAUAACAGUCUACCACAAAAAGAUGAGGGUACAAAGACCUCAUGUUUUGUUCACAAGCAGGUGAGAAUCGUCGGUGGUGGGCCUGUCCGGAUUAAAGAAGGCAGCUGGAUGGUCAGCAUACAGAGAGGGAGCACUCACUGGUGCGGAGGUUCUCUGGUCAGGGAGGAGUGGGUGCUGACAGACAGACAGUGCUUCUCGUCAUGUGUGCCUGACCUAUCAGAGUACAGAGUUUGGCUUGGUAUAUCCCAUUUGAACGAGUCGGGUGAAAAUGACUUCCACAGACAGGAGAGGAGAAUCUCGCAAGUCAUCUGUGGCCCGGAAGGCUCUAGUCUCGCUCUGCUCCGACUGACUCAACCUGCACUCCCAAGAGAGCAUGUCAGAAUUAUUCAGCUGCCUGUGGCGGACUGCAGCAUUCAGGAGGACACCAUAUGCUCUGUGUACGGCUGGGGUGAGACCAAAGGCACUGGACAUGAGGGAACAUUGAAAAGAGUUAAUCUGCCAAUAGUGAGCAAUGAACGAUGCCAGCAGCUUCACAAAGGGACAAUUCCGAUCACCAGUUCAGAACUGUGUGCUGGUGGCAGGAGAGAUGAAGGAGUGUGCGAGAAAGACUAUGGCGGCCCUCUAGUAUGCCAAGAGAGUAACAGUAAAGUCAUUGUCGGCGUGAGCAUAAACGGCAGAGGAUGUGCCCGACACAACCGACCGGCCAUUUUCGUGAACGUGGCCUUCUAUACUGGAUGGAUUCAUAAAGUAUUCAGAAAUUAUCCAAACUCAGAACUAAACAACUGAUGGAGAAUAAGCAGGCUUGAACAUACGAUUUGAGAACAAAAAUUCAGAAUCUCCAUAAAUCCGACAGGUUAUUUCUUGAUUUAAGGGUCACCUGAACAGCUCUUGUUGAAAAAGUUCUUGAGAACUUUCCCAGCUUGGCC